AUGCCUUUUAACCAUAAACAAGAAAAGAAACACUUCUGUGUGAAAAUUAUCGGAGAAGAAGGAAAAAUAAUGGGCGGAGGAAACAAAUUUCAAGAACCAGUCAAGAUUAACCGUAGGAGACAAGUAAGGAAAGAGAAGGAAGAAGAUGAAGUCAAUGAAAGCUUCAAAUCGCCAAAUCUUGAAGCUGAGAGACGUAGAAGAGAGAAGCUACAUGGUCGGCUUAUGGCUCUGCGAUCUCAUGUUCCAACUGUCACAAACAUGACUAAAGCGAGUAUUGUUGAAGAUGCGAUUACUUACAUAGGAGAGCUUCAGAAGAUUGUUGAGAAUCUUACAGAGAAGCUUCAUGAAAUGGAAGAAACUCCUCUUGAGAUUUAUGAACAACAAACGGUUCAUACUAUAAAACCUGAGGUUGAAGCUAUUGAUUUGAAAAUGGAGAUGAAGAAAACGGGAAUCGAGGAGAAUGUGCAGUUUUGUAAGAUUGGGAAGAGGAAGUUUUGGUUAAAGAUCACAACUGAGAAGAGACCUGGGAUCUUUACUAAAUUCAUGGAGGUUAUGUGCCUGUUGGGAUUUGAGAUCAUUGACAUUACUCUAGCUACUUCAAAUGGAGCAAUUAUUAUUAGUUCCUCUGUUCAGAUACUUCAGGGACUAUGUGAUGGUGACUCUGUUGAUCCUCAACAGACAAAGGACUUUCUGUUGGAAGUCAUGAGAAGCAAUCCAUGAGUAAUACAUCUUGGAACUUUUCUAGCUAAUAAAGAUUUCCCUUGAUUCACAAUUUUUAAUCCUAGUUUAAUGUGAAAUGAUUCAGAUGAAACAGAGCCUCAUCUUAUCUCAUCUGUUUCUGCAAAAUGUUGUUAAUUAGCCUCUGUUUCUGCCUUAGUCCAGUGUUGAUUGAACC